AUGCCGUCUAAUCUCCACAACGAGGUUGAAGCUCUAUCAAUUGAUCGCUCUUCUGGGUUUCGUCAAAAGCUCGUGGAUGGUAUAGAGGACUUACUGCUGGUGCUGGCCGAGGACGGUCGCGUCCUGUAUGCUUCGCCAAAAAGCUACUCGCUGCUUCAAAUCAAGCCCGAAACUCUUGUUGGAAAAUACAUCAGCACAUAUAUGAAUGUCGACGAUAUCCCAGUAUUCCUGAUCGAAUGGAAGGACAACAUGGCAUCGGGAAACUCUUGGAGAAGCCACCAUCGACUACGACGCAACGACGAUUCUUACAAACCUUUUGAAUCGACUUUCAAACCAUAUACCAAUGUUUCCGUGGACGACAAGACUGGCUCAAGAAUAAGCACAAAGAUGUGCUUGAUGACUUCACGGCCUUAUCAGAUUAGCAGCACAUCUUUGAUGGACUCGUUUCUCGAACACUACAUCACAAACAUUCGCCUAUCAAAUCAAGUGGCACGGUUAAAAGGAGAAGCCGAACACUUCUAUCGAGACACGAUUUCUACGCCGACGCCAUGUAACCAGGAUCCCGACACCACGGCUCAAUAUGCGAUCUCUAGGAAGGCAUCACCGCCAGCACCCCUUUCCACCUCCGAAUCCGCCGUUUCCCGCAAAAGAAGUCUUUCCGAAUCAACAACAUCCACAAAACCUCAAGUGGAUUCGGUAAUGGGCGACAUGGGCAUCGAAAUCAUCCCAUCGCGUUUGCAGACCAUGGAAGAGACUGGCGCCUGGACACCCAAGCCACGCACGAAAAAGAAGAAACCUGAUCUCGAGCAAGAGUUUUUGUGCAAAGAGUGCGGUACGACUGAUUCUCCGGAGUGGCGGAAGGGCCCCCAUGGCCUGAAGACGCUGUGUAAUGCUUGCGGAUUACGUUGGUCCAAGACGCAGAAGAGACCUACUUCAUUGCAAAACGAGGCUGGCUCAUCGCAAUGA